AUGGGUAUUUUGAUUGAUGGACAGUGGCAGUGGCAGUUGAUGUGGCGCCGUAAUCGAUUUCAAUGGGAAGAGGAUCAAUUCCGUGAGUUUGUUGAGAUUAUUGCUCCGUUUGCUCCCGUGGAUAAUCCUGACAGGUGGUUGUGGCUUGGCGAUGGAAUUCAAGGAUUCACGGUUAAAUCGGCAUAUGUGUUGCUGGAAAAUUUGGUGCCGGUUAAUCGGAAUUUGCAACCUGUAGAGGUUUUCGUGUUCAACAGACUCUGGAAGUGCGCGACUCCUUCGAAGGUACGAGCAUUUUCUUGGCAAUUGCUGUUAAACCGUGUUCAGACAAAAGACAAUCUUUUUAAGCGCAGGAUGCUUCUUAUUGAUCAGCAGAACUGUGUGUUUUGUGGCCAUAUGACUGAAACAGCGGCACAUUUAUUUCUUCACUGUAACUUUACAGCAAAGGUUUGGUAUGGUCUUACUAGUUGGUUGGGUUUAACGCUGAUUAUUCCUCCUAAUAUAGCCACUUCUUUUGCUAUGUGGGCAACAUGUGUUAAUUCGAAAAAACAGAAGGCGGGAAUGCGUUUGAUAUGGAGCGCGUUUAUGUGGAUCUUAUGGAAAAGGAGAAACGAUUGUGUGUUUAAUAAUACUGCUACUGCUGUUGAAGAGGUGUUGGAACAAGUUAAGGUACUGUCAUGGCAAUGGUUCAUUGGGAGGAUGGCAAUGGGGCCGUGUAUACUGUACGAAUGGAAGUGGAAUCCGAUGGAUUGCAUGCAUCGAUGA